AUGGUUCGCAUCGCUACGGUGACACUUGUGGCCUUCGCCGCCUCUGCCUUUGCGUCACCCCAUAAUAGAGUUAGAGGUGGCGCCAGGGUCGAGCUUACCAGGAGAACCCCCGCGGAGGAUACUGCCGCCAAGCAACAAGCCCAGAUAGUACGAAACUACGCGAAGCAAUUGGAGCAAUACGCUGAACAGUUAGAAAAGGGCGGUGGCACCGAGACUGGAAAUGGACAGCCUACUCCCAAUACCCCGAGUGGUAAUGAAGACGAGACGGGAAAUAAGCCGCCUACUCCCGGUAUCCCGAGCGAUAAUAAAGACGAGACGGGAAAUAAGCCGCCUACUCCCGGUAUCCCGAGCGAUAAUAAAGACGAGACGGGAAAUAAGCCGCCUACUCCCGGUAUCCCGAGCGAUAAUAAAGACGAGACGGGAAAUAAGCCGCCAACUCCUAGUCGGCCUACUCCCAGUCCCCCGGGCUCGUCUCCAUUAUUCCCCGGUGCUGAGGAUGAUUCUACCGGUGCUGGGAAUAGUCCUAUUGGUGCUGGGAAUAGAAACGAGACGGGAAAUAAGCGGCCUACUCCUAGUUGGCCUACUCCCAGUCCCCCGGGAUCGUCUCCAUUAUUCCCCGAUGCUGGGGAUGAUUCUACCGGUGCUGGGGAUGAUUCUACUAGUGUAGGGGAUGAUUUUACUGGUGCUGGGGAUGAUUUUACUGGUACUGGGAAUAAUUCUACCGGUGCUGGGGAUGAUUUUACCGGUGCUGGGGAUGAUCUUACCGGUGCUGGGAAUGGUCCUAUUGGUGCUGGGGAUGGAACCGAGACGGGAAAUAAGCAGCCUACUCCCAGUCGGCCGGGCUCGUCCCCAUUAUCCCCUGGUGCUGGGGAUGAUCUUACCGGUGCUGGGGAUGGAACCGAGACGGGAAAUAAGCAGCCUACUCCCAGUCGGCCGGGCUCGUCCCCAUUAUCCCCUGGUGCUGGGGAUGAUCUUACCGGUGCUGGGAAUGGUCCUAUUGGUGCUGGGGAUGGAACCGAGACGGGAAAUAAGCAGCCUACUCCCAGUCGGCCGAGCUCGUCUCCAUUAUUCCCUGGUGCUGGGAAUAAUUCUACCGGUGAUAGUAGUAUCGCUUUUAAAGAGUAG